AUGGUGGUGAUGACUGUCGCAGAGACCCAUUCAAGGGCCAUAGCCCAUGCGCUUCGAUUGUUGACUCGCCGUGGGCUCGCUCUUCGACCGACAUCUACCCGUCAAUUCACCACUUCGUCAGCUGUCAAUAAUGAACAUUCAGAUAGACCAAGGUCAAGCCUUGAUGGGAAGGACGGAAUCUCCUUCAGCUCAGGAGAAAUUAGUAGAGACAUGAGCUCAACUGCUGAAUCUUCGCGGGCUGCAAAUUCAUCGGAACAAUCUCAAAAUACUUCUGAAGAAGAUAGACAAUAUGCAGAAAUAUUCGCUACAUUGAAUGAGCAAUGGCCGAAAUCUAACUCCAACACUAAAGCCAAAUCUACGAAAGCCAAUCACCCACCCAAACCCGAAUCCAUCGCUGACCGACUAACCUUCGAUGGGUAUUCUACCCCUUCCCCUCGACAUCGGAGUGUACAUUCUCGUUUUAGACGAUCGGCCGGGUCGACCCCAAAGGAAGCGGAGACGUUUAACGAAAUCUUAGCUGGUAUAUUCGCUGAUCUCAAUUAUGGUUCUGCCUCUUCCUCUUCUCCCGGAUCAUCAAGGUUGAAUUCGUCGAAUUUCGGAUUAGAUGAAGGAUAUGGUACACAGAGGGGUAUAGGUCUCAACGAUCCUUACUCAGCUACUAAAUCCGGUCUUGGGGGAUUUGGAUACAAGUUCGGUAUUAAUAAAUCUAAUAGUGGUACUAUCAAGAAUCGAGCUAGAAAUCUGAGAUCCCAUUUUAUCGAUUUGGAAAAGGAAGAUGAUAAAGAUGAUAAAGAUUUGGAACUUUUAGAAGAAUUUGAAAUGCUCAAAGAGGAGAUGGAAGUGAUUUCGUCUGAUGUUGAACUAAUAGAAUGGUCAAAAAACAGAGUAUUCAAACCUUUAGCCAAUAUUGACAACGACUCAAACUCGAAGACGGGAACAACUGGUUUACCAGUAAUCACAUAUUCACCUACAUAUCCUAAAAUUCUCGCUCAUCUGUUGAGAACAUUAAGGGUGAAUUAUAAUUCGCCUCAUCUGGUUUUGUCAUUAUUCAACUACGCUCAGAAUAUAUCGUUGGAGAGUUAUCUUAGUGGAUGUUUGACCGAGGUAUAUAACGAGGUUCUCCUGACUCGAUGGGAGAGUUUUAGGGAUUUGAAAGGUGUUGAAUUGGGUAUAAGGGAAAUGGAAAUCAUGGGUGUCAAUUGGGAUCAAAUCACGGCUAGAUUAAUAUCUAAAAUUGUUGAAGAGAUUUCGAAAGAUUUAUUAUCUUCUUCUGCUUCUGCUUCUUCCACAUCGAUAUCGUUAGGAGACGAACAAACGAUAGAUAAUGGAGGAUUCUCGAAUCUGGCUUCAUUAAGCACAGUACCGCAAAUCCAGAAUGACAUUUACAAGAAGUACGGUGAUAAUGUCAUAGAGAGACUACGAAGGUUAGAUGAGAAAGUAUCGAAGGAUGUAAGAAAACAGGAGAAGUUGUAUGAGAUUCAUCAGAGACGUAAGAGGAAGCUGAGAGAGGACAGGGAACAGAAAUUGGCGAGACAAUUUGAAGAUGAUGCCCGACGUCAGAAACAGCAGGAGGAAAGUGAGAAUGAGGAUGGCGAUGGUGAUGGGCAUAGGAGAAUUGGGUAUAUCGAAGAUCCAAAGGAAGGCGAAAGGGCAUAUAUAUAG